AUGGCUGCGAAAUUUAAUGAUGAAUCACAAUACAUUUUUCGAUUCUCAGAUUUUGCUUCAGAUCCAACACUAAUGCUUCCACCUAUCCAAGGUUACGAAGGAAAGCCUCUUGUAUCUCUGGAAGAAGCUAUUUUGCCUCUUAUUCCACUUGUUCCUGAAGUUGAACGCAUGGCUUCGACAGUAAAACAAAAGCAUUUCGAUGGAGAACAUGGUUUAACUGAUGAUGAAGCAGCUUCAAUCACACUUUACACAAUGGAAUGGAAACCAAGACAAAACUCGUUUUAUCUUAUUCUUAAUAAUACUUUACAAGAAGCAAAUCGAAACUUACUCGAGCCAUGGUUUCUUUAUCUUCGUCUCAUUAUGACAUCUUUAGCCAAACUUCCGUCAGACUCUAAUCGUCGUAUAGUGUAUCGUGGAGUGACACUUGAUUUAAGUGCCCAAUAUCCAAAAGGAAGUAUAGUCACUUGGUGGAGUUUUUCAUCUUGCACAACAUCUAUCGAUGUUUUACGUAAUGAGCAAUUUGUAGGUCAAAGUGGAACAAGAACAUUAUUUAGCAUUAAUUGUUCUUCUGCCAAAAAUAUUCAGCGAUACUCAUUUUCUCCAGUGGAAAAAGAAGCACUACUUCCACCAGCUCGACAAUUUCAAGUGACAGAUUCUCUUAAUUCAGGCAAUGGCCUACAUAUUAUACAACUGAAGGAAAUCGAACCUGAAUUUCCAUUAAUCAAUCCUGUCCCACAACCUAUACCACAUCCAACAACACCAUCUAUGCCGAGACUACUACGACUUCCAACUCUAUCAACAACACCAUCUAUGCUGAGACCACCACGACUUCCAAACCCACCAACAACGCCUGUGCUUUCAUCAAAGCCAUUACCAAAUCCACUAGCAACGCUUACGCUUUCAUCAGAGCCAUUUUCAGAUCCACCAACAUCACUUCAGCCACCUAAAUCUAAUGAUCCCGAUCUACAGAAGUAUAUUGACGCAAUGUAUCUUGAUCAAGUAAUUAUUACAUUCAAAAGCACUUUUCCGAAACAAUUUUGCCACUCUAAACGAAACUUCUACCAAUCUUAA